AUGGACCCAGAAUGCUCCCGGCUCCUUCCAGCGCUGUGUGCUGUUCUGGCAGAUGCGCAGCAGCCCGUGACGGAUGAUACCUGCUUAGAAAAGCUCCUGGACUGGUUUAGAACAGUCACACAAGCAGAGUCCAGUGUCCAGCUGCUGCAGGAGAACCCUUGCCUUGUGGGGCUGCUGUCCCAGGCCCUGAAGAAUCAGGACCUGAGUUCCAGAGUCCUUGCCUUCUCCUUGCGCCUCGUGGGGAUAUUUGCCGCUCAGGAAGACUGCUUCCAGUACCUCCAGCAGGGGCAGUUGAUCCUGGGGCUCUUUGGGGAGGCGGGCCCCCUUGGCCUGCCAGCCUGGAAUGUUCCCUCCGUGCGCAGUGGCUGGAUCCACGGCCUACGCUCCCUGGCGCAGCACCCCAGUGCUGAGCGGUUCCUGGCCGACUGUGGUGCUGUGGACACCCUCUUCUCCCUGCAGGGGGACUCCAGCCUAUUCGUGGCCUCCGCUGCCAGCCAGCUCCUGGCACAGGUCUUGGCUCUGUCCCUCCAAGGCACAGCUGGCCCACAGCUGGAUGCACAGGAUGGCGCCUGGCCCCCGUGUGCCCAGAGCAUUGUGACCUACCUUGGGGAGUCCCUGCGCUCCGGAGACUCGCCGCUGGUCACACAGGCGCUGAAGGUCCUCACCACCACGUUCGGAUGCUGCUACCAGCCCUGGACGGCAGCCCUUUGGAGGCAGCUGUGCCCCCUGGUGGCCUCGCUCCUGGAGAAGAACCCAGUGCCUGCACCCCACUCACUGGUGGACCUCCUGCUCAGCAUGGCACGGUCUCCAGUGUUCCAGUCUCCCGACUGUGACCUGUGGGUGAUGCUGGCCCAGACGCUGAGCCACCUGAGCCCAGUGCAGGGUGGGUCCCUGGCUCUGGGGAUCCUGAAACUCCAUGGCUGUCCCCAGGCUCUGAGGUCCCAAGCCUUUACCGUCCUCCUUCAGCCGCUGACCUGUGUCCUGGUGGCUGCUGCCCAGCCCCCCGGGGCUCCAGAUCUGCCGAACAGGACCGAGAGCAGCCCGAUGAUGGCCGAGACGCUCCUGGCGUCCUCAACAUCGUGCACCAGCCUUCUGUGUCAGAGCCUGGCCCACCUGGCCGAGCUGCAGCCGCUGGUGGGGGUGAGCCAGCUGGGAAUGGAGGCACCCCUCCUCAAAGCCACUCUGACUACACUCCGUUUCUGCAAUGGCUCGGCGGUGCCCGUGUCCAGUGUGGGGUCCCGCCUCUGCAGGGUCCUGGCUGGCUGCGUCCGUGUCCAGCGUGCGGCUCUUGACUUCCUGGGCACGCUGGCUCAGGGGGCAGGCUGCCCAGAGUUGGUGAUGCAGGUGUUCACCGUCCUCCUGGAAUAUCUGAGGAGCCCUGAGUCAAGCCCAGCGGUCCUCAAGAAGACGUUCCAGGCCACUCUGCGCUGGCUUCUGGGCGCUUCGUCAUCGAAAGCCAGGGGUUCCUGUGACAUCAGCCCCGACACCCAGAGCUUCCUCGGAGAGCUCCUGCCCACAGUACAGAAACGGCUGUGCAGCCCAUGCUGGGAGGUGCGGGACUCGUGCCUGGAGUUCCUGGGCCACCUGACCACCCACUGGGGAGGGCAGCCCAGCUUCCAACAAGCCCUCCUGGCCUCCGAUGUGCCUGAGCUCACCCAGCAGCUUCUGCAGGACCCUGAGGGCUAUGUCCGCGCCAGCGCAGUGGUCACUGUAGGGCAUCUGUCCACCUGGGGGCUGCAGACCACCCGGGAGCACCCAGGAGCCCAGCAGAGUCUGUUCCCGGAGCUGCUGCACAUCCUGUCCACGGACUCGGAGGGCUUCCCCCGGAGGGCUGUGAUGCAGGUCUUCACGCAGUGGCUGCGGGACGGCCACCCCGAGGUGGCCAAGGACCCAGAGCAGUUCAUGUCCAGCGUGUUCCAGGUGCUGAGCCGGGAUCUGGACUGGGACGUGCGCGUCCAGGGCCUCCACCUGGCCCAGGUGUUCCUGGACCAGACGCUUGGGCCACCUGGCUGCCCCUAUGUGGUGGACCCACCUGCUGCGGCCCCAUCCACCGUGUCUGCCGAGGUGCUGCGGAUGCUGGGCCGGGUGCAUCUCCUUGAGUUUGCCUUCCGUGCCCUGUCCGACUGUGACCGGCCAGUGGCCCAGAAGUCCUGCGACUUCCUGCUGCUGCUGCGGACCCGGACUGCCCCAGAUGGUGGGCUGCAGGGGGCUGGCCAGGACCCUGACCCGGCCACCGUGGAGGCCACUCUGCGGGUGUGGCGGGGUGAGCAGGACCAGGCACGGGGCGAGUUGGUGCCCGAGGUGGUGGUGGGCAUGCUGUGGGCCCUGGACCUGGAGGGUCUGCAGGCUACGUUGGCUGAGAGCAGUGACCACGUGGAACGGAGCCCCCAGUCUCUGCUGCAGGACAUGCUGGCUGCUGCAGGUGCCCUGGGCGAGCAUGAGGCCGACUGCUACUGA